AGCGAGAAAGAAUAGAAGAAUACACUAUGAUGGAAUAUAUGGCACCCCUAAGCAAAAUUUACAAAGAAACAGGAACAGCAACAAACAAAAAGAUAAUUUUUAAAAGGAAUCCAACAAUAUACCAAAUGCUGCAUACAGACAAGCAAGACAUAGACCAGAACCUGAUACCAGGAGUUUAUAGACUACCAGUACACGAUGAAAGGUGACAAAAAGAGCUAUAUUACAUUGGAGCCACAAGGAGUUCAAGGCUAAAAGAGCAUAAAAAAAACGUACAGAAUGAACAGUCAGUAACAGCACUAGCAAUGUACCAUAUAUUAUGGCAGACCCGACAGAGGUCAUAGCAGAUUGGGAAAGAGCUAAAAUAAUACAAAAGAUCCAUGACAAGAGACACCUGAAAUAUGCUGAAGUAUGGCAAAUACAUAAGACAAACCAGGAAGGAUUAGUGAUAAACUACAGAGAGUCGAGUAAAGUCUCAGCAGUGUGGAGAACAGGCAUAAUAUGAUAAUUUUAGUACGAAAAAAGGGACAAACAGUAGAGAAGUUUUCUUUUAUUUUUUUUAUUCUUUUAUGUUAUUUUUUUUGUACAAGCCUGUGCACUAGAUAAGAAAAUUCAAAUGUUUAAAUGUUCCAAAAGAAAGUUCAUUAUAGAAAGCAAAAUCAGAAUCAUUUAAUUUUUCUGUUCCUGAGGAAGACCAUUCAAAAUGGCCGAAAACAUUUGGAAAAAUGAAUAAAAAGUGUAUUCCAUAAUACAAAAUGACUGAAGAAACUGAAGAUAUUUUAACCUUUAAAUUGAGUGAAAUGGAUAUAAAAUUUUCAAAUGACAAUGAUCCAAAAGGUGCAUUACCAGUAAGGUGCUGGGGACGUGGAUGGAAACGUCCAGACAUUAAAGACUUAGAUUUUUCAGGAUUUUUUCAGAAAUUUGAUAAAGAGAAUUUUCUUGCAUAUAAAAUGGGUAGUUCUAAAUCUUCAAGACUAUUCACUUCAAAACCUAUGAGUGAUGGCAUUAUGGAAAACAUAAAAUCUCAGUGUGAAAAUGUUCUUGGAAAUCAAAUAUCAGAUCAAGAAAUUAUUAAUGUUUUGUCAAAAAUGAAUGUAGGAGGAGAUGAUGAAGACAAAAAUCCAUCUGUAUCAAGUGAGCAGAAUAGAAGUUCUUAUGUAAACUGUCAUUUUACAGAAAAAAAACAUUCAGUAAGCAGCAAGCUCAACUCCAAAAGAUCUGAAAACAUUCUAAAUAAUUGUACUAAACCUCAAGAAGGUUUUAAAAUUAAAAAAAAAAGGAAAAAAUAUGCAUCUAAACAUAAUAAUACUUCUGAAGUUUGUAUGUCAUCAAAUUAUGGAUCUGAAUCUUCCUUAAGUCUUAAGAAUGCUGAUGAUGAAUAUGAUAAUUUGGAUGAGAAAACAGAUACCUCAUCCUACAAAGAAAGAGACAGUAAAAAUUAUUCCAUUUCUGUAUGUGAGGAAUUGAGGGAGAAGAAUUGUAUCAUUUUAGAAAACAUUCCUUCUCAAGUAAAUGAAGAUGAAUUACAUGAAUUUUUAAAUGGAUUUGGAAUAAUAAAAAACAUGAAAAUAAUAAAAAAUGAAACUAAUGCAUAUGCAAAUAUCAGGAUGGCUAAUGAAGAUGAUUGCAAUAAUAUAAUUGAAUGCUUGAAUGAAAGUUAUGCUUUUGGAACUGCAUCAUUACCAAUAAAAGUUUAUUUUCAAUAAAAAUAAAAGCAAAAACAAUUGUAAAUCUGAAAAUGAAAUUAACUUGUACAGAUCUUUGUAUGAAAUGUAAUACUACAAUUGGCAAAAAUCUCUACUAUCAGUCAGUUGGCAAUAUGUGGAAAAAUGAAAUUGCUAAGAAGAACAAAGAAGUAAUUAAAUUUCAGCCGAUUUAAAUAAGGUCUGUUUUUUAAUAAGAAGAAAAAUACUGUAAAUAUCAUUAAAAUAUAUUUUUUCACAUAUUCUACAUACUUUUAUCUACUUUUCUACAUAACAUCCAUUUUUGUUCAAACAAUUGUCAUUCCGCUCAAAAAUUUUUAAAAUUCCGACUUCAGAGAAAUCUGCUGCCUGCCACCAGAUGACAUUAGGCCACGCCGCUUGUCUUGUAUGGCACGACGGAAUUUUCUCAAGGUCACAAUAAGCAUCAGAAUUGAUUGUUGUGCCUCUUGGCAUAAAAUCCACUAACAAAGUCCCUUUCCUGUCUCAAAAGACAGUUACUAUGAUCUUUCGUGCUGAAAUCGAAUAACAGAUUGUAUCUUACAGUUGGCGGGUGACUCAAUUUUCUUAAACAUUAUAAACUUCUAUAGCUCAGCACACAGACAGACGAUACGGCUGCAAAUUGCAUAUAAACACCCGCAAAGCAUGCUGAAAGCAGAUGCUCAUGCACACUGCUGCAGUCGUGCAUCAUUCUCACUCUCAUUCACAAACAGAUCUUAUUUAAAAAAUAGCCCUCGUACAUUUUCUCAACUAAUAUCAUACUGUCUCUUUCUAUUCUUAUGAAUAUUUGUAAGGGUGAUAAAAAUGGAAAUUGUUAAAACAAUGUAAAAUAAUAUUAUUAUUUAUAUGUUUUAUUUGAUGGAAAUUGUUAAUGAAAAGUAAACUUUUGUAUGAAUGUACUGAAAAUUUACAAUUUAGCUCAAGGUAAAUUCACAUUCAUUUUAAUAGCUAAGAUGCUGCUAUUUUAUAUAUGUAAUCAAAUUAUAUUAUAUUAUAUAUUUUUUAAAAAUGCUUAAAUUUCAUUACUUUUGAAAUGAAGACUAUGAUUUUAUACUGAUUUUUCUAAUAAUAGAAUAUUCUGGUUGUUUUAAUGUUAAUUAUUAUAUCAGUGAUAGACAAAAGUAUUGGCACACAGCCACUUCUUAAAUUUUCUUGUAUAACUUUAAUAGUAAACUACUUGUAGCUCUGAAAUUUUCACAUAAUAAUUAGCUGUUACUCAUUACGUAAUAACACUAAAUAAAAAUAUUAUGUAAGCAGAGUUUAAAAUCUGCUACUCAUUAGCACCCCUCCCCCUUAACUCCACAUCUUCGAUUGUCAAGAAUUCGGAGAACUGAGGGAGUCACAAAGGGGAAGAAAUCGCUUGGUCAGGGGAUGGAAGAGAGUAAGGUCCCCACCUUUCAGACUGGACAUCUGUGGAACGGAUGUUAAAUUCAUCUGUGCUUGAUCACCUUUCCUUUUAGUUCAAUUAUUGUAGUCUUAACAUUUGUAAUAUUACAAAUUGGUGAAGUUGACAAGAUUUCAGUACACAGCUGUAUUUAUAUAGUUUUGAAGUAGAAUCAUGCUUUUCAAAUUCUUGGUUCAGAAGAUCAAAGACUUUUACAUUAUCUCCUGAUAUCAACUAGAAGGGGAAGACAAAUGGACAGAAGUCGACCAAGAAUUUCAAGGAAUCGAAAAUCGUCCCGCAAUUUUGUCCUCGGUUUUUCAAACUGCUAUCUGGACGAUGAUGAAUUAUUGGACACUAUCUAUUUCAUUAUCGGAGACAGAAGGUGAGCUUUAUCUUAAUAAAACUUUAAUAAGACCUGCUGCUUUGGACAGUUUGUGUGACCCAAAGUCGGAUGUGUUGGUGCAAAUGGUUCAGUUGCAAAAGCUGUACAUGAACCAAUAAGCCUGCAAAAGCUGUACAUGAACCAAUAAGUUGAAGAUUAUGAACUCUUUUCAGCAAACCAUCAAAAAAAUAUCACUAAACUCAUCUUGUGAUACAAUCAACAUAAAAAAUAAUAUGAUGGAAAACUGGAGGAAGUGCGUAUUUGGAUAAUUUCAUACAAACACGUGUGCAUCUCACAAUUGGAUUACAAGCAAAAGAUCUAUAACCUUCAAAAUUAUCUGGAAGGUAUUGCCAUAAAAUGAUACAAUUCUCGAGUAUUAGAUAGGGUCAGUGAUAAUUGGGAGGAAUGGAAAACUCCUUUCUUAGUGCAUUCAGACAGAAUCGGAUCCAACUGUCCAUAGUAGCGGAUAUGUGGGAAUAUUGUGGUGGUUCACUAUUAGAAUAUUAUUUUUAAAAACAAUGGCGUAUCCAACUUGCAUAUCCAGAUAUUGGGGAACAAAGCUUUAUCACCAUGGUAAUGUGUGGACUACCUGAAGAUAUGCAAGCUAUUCUUCUACAACACAAUUUGAAUGCAAAGAAAACUUAUAUGUCGGAUUGAGCAAAUUGGUACCUACCAAAAAAUCGGUACUGAGGAAAAUUGAAAGAAGGGAUAAUAAUAUUCAUGGUAACUGAAGUUUCACCUCUUUGAAUGAAAUUGAUAAUGGUCUCCCUUCCGUUAGUAACUAUUUGGAGAAUCUGGAAAAUAGGGAAGAUGCGUAAAACGAGUAAGGAAGGGUUUACCGAUCCCUCUGACAAAAUCGAAUCAUUGUUUAGUCAUGGAUCAUAAUGAUCCCCAAGUUUUCUCAAUGGAAGUGAAUAACAUGCAUUGCUUGGCUUUUCUAGAUCCAGAAUCCACAGUCAACCUAAUUAGUCCUAAACUAGUAGAUAAAUGCAAACUAAAAUCCCAUUCGAUACAUAGUCUUAAAAUCAUUUAAUGGAGCACUUACUGUAUAUAAAGGUGUUUUGGCCACUAUAAAGUUUAGAGACUGAACCCAACACAUAGUUCAUUUCCUUAACAAUAAUUGCUUCUAUGAUCUUUUGCUAGGGAUUCACACAUUGGGAAAACUUAAUAUCUGUUGGAAUUUUGGUAAGCAGGAAGUUUUAUUAGUUAAAACAGACAAAAUUAUAAAGAAGACAUUUUGCAGCAUUUUCUGGGCAUUGAUCAACCUGAAUAUACCAGACCCCCUAAGUUCACUGUCAAUUUUAAUAUAACAGAUAUGAAGGUGCUUAAAUGUAAACCCUAUCAGUUGUCUAAUGACAAAUAUCAGUGGUUAAGGAUCAAAAUAAAAGACCUGUUAGCAUAAGACAUAAUAGAAGAAACAUCAUCUCCUUAUGCUUCUUGUGUUGUUCUUCCCAAAGGGAAUGGUGAUUACAGAUUGACUCACAACUAUAUGAAAAUCAAUGAAGUGACUGAAUUGGAUCCUUAUCCCUUUCCUUUAAUAGAUGAUCAUCAAAUGUCAUGGCAUGCCACUACUGGUUACAGAGUGAGAGUAGCCAGAAGAAAGCCAUAUAUAAGUAAAUUUAAAAUUAAUCAAAAGAAGAGACUUGCUUCUGCAAAAGAUCAUAUAAGUAAACAAUUUGUUUUGGUCUAAAGUGUUGUUUUCAGAUGAAAGUAAAUUCACUUUAAUUCAUAAAAAUGGAAAAAAUUUACUUUGGAGAAAACCCACACAAAGCUAUUAGAAAAGAAUGUUCAAGCCACAGUAAAAAAGGGUGUUUUAGUGUGAUGGUAUGAGGUUCCAUGUCAGCUACUGAUAUGGGAAAACUUGUAUUCAUAGACAGUAUAAUAGAUAAAAUGAUGUAUUUAAAUAUUCUCAAGGGAAAUCUUUAGUAAAGUGUAAAUAAACUAAAUUUGGGCGAUGGCUUUUACUUUCAGCAGGACAAUCACUUGUAUUGUCCCUCAAUGACUACUUUAUCAUACACCUCACACUCUGAAACAUUCCCCACAAUCUCCAGAUUUGAAUCCUAUCAAACAUUUAUGGAAAAGACUUGAUGAUAGAAUGAGAAAAUAAGAGAUAUUAAACAUAUUAAACUUAGAUCAUUUCAAAGACUUCUCCUUGAAUAAUGGGAAAACAUUUCCUUUGAAAUCACACAAAAACUAGUGCAUGCAAUGCCAGAGAGACUAAAGAGCUAUUAAUAAGAACCAGGGAUUCACUACAAAAUAUAAAUUGUAAUAUACUUUUAGCAUUAUCUUCAGCGGUGCCAAUAAUACUUUUGUCCUUUAUUUUGAUGAGUAAGAAACUUUGUUAAUUUUUUAAGAGCAUAUCAUUAUGUAAUUUUAGUUUAAAAUUUUGUAAUGUAUGUCCAUUUUGUUACUGGAUGUAAAGGUUCUUUAAUGGUUGUCAUUACUACCAGUGAUUGAAGACAUCUUUAUUUUGUAAUAUACUUCAUAUUAUUCUUAACUAUAAUUAUUCUUAAUUACUUUAUUCUAACUAUAUUUCACUAUAAAUUCAAAAAUACCGAGUGUGCCAAUACUUUUGUUUACCACUGUAUAAAAAUGUCUUUUUGUACAAAAAUCAAUUAACGUAAUUAUCAGAUAAUAUACUUGAAUGCAUUAAAAUAUUAUUGAUGUAGCUAUUUCAUUUAUUAUUUUACAUCAGUUAUUUCAAAGUUUUUAAUAGAAGAUAAAGUAGAAAAGAUUGUAUAUACAUACACAUAUGAUGUGAUGAUAAAGUUCAGUGAACGGAAAUGUUAAGGUGAGUGAUUUCUGAAAAUGAAACUACAUGCAGAGUACAGCUUAGACAUUGUGCUAGCAAAUCAGGACUUGUUUUUGACUGGUUGAAAUUUGUAGCUUGUGCAUGUACUUGAUUAUAUGAGCUGUGUAUGUAAUGGUUGUCAUUAGCAAGAAAUAGAGCAAUAAAUUAACAUCAGGUUCUGCUUUAAGUUGGAUAAAACUGCAUCAGAAACUCAUGACAUGCUGAAAACUAUUUAUGGAGAUCGAGCAGUGACAAGUGUGUUCAUGAUUGGUUCAAACAUUUUUAUGAUGGAAAGUAGGGUAUUGAAUGUACUAGUUUUGUGUGAUUUCAGAGGAAAUGUUUUCCAUUAUUCAAGGAGAAGUCUUUGAAAUGAUCUAAGUUCAAUAUCUCUUAUUUUCUUACUCUAAAUAAAUCUCUUGAAGAAGCUUCCCUUAGUCGAUGGCCCACAACCUCCAAGCCAUCCAAUAAUGUGGAAAGAGUUUGUGAUCUGAUAUUGCAGGAUUGACAACUGAGUGUUCAGAUGAUGUCUGAAGAACUAGGUAUAAACCUUGAAACAAUCCAUCAGAUAUUGACAGUAGACUUAGGAAAGUGCAAGAUCUGUUCCAGGUUUGUGCCCUAUACACUCACAGCAGAACAAAAGCAGGAAGGACUUGAUGUGUGUGACAAUGACUCUGCAUCUUUGGGGCCAAUAAUAACAGAAUGAGACCCGGUGCUUUAACAUGACCCAGCAAAAAGACAAAGCAUGGAAUGGAGAGGUGUUAGAUCUCUAAUGUCUCAAAAUGCCAGUUUGCAAAAAUCAAAGAUAAAAACUUUGCUCAUUGCCUUUUUUUAUAAAGAUGGCUUGAUCCACAAGGAAUUCGUCCCAGAAGGGCAAAUUGUGAAUGGCAAACUACAGGGAAGUUCUCAACCAAUUGCUGCUUUGUAUUAAAUGUGUGUGGUCUCAUACAGCUGAAGUAGUUUGUAGCUACAUGGAAUUGUUGAGCUGAACCAACUGCAUUAUUCACCCGAUUAGCUCCAGCUGACUUUUUUUUUGUUUCUACAAUUUGAAGCUGUUGAUGAAGGGACAGAAAUUUGCAGAUAUUCCAGAUAUCCAAGUGAAUGUGACAUCCAUUAUGAAGGCAAUACCAAAGGAUUUUUCUAAAGCUUUCCAGUAUUUGAGUGUUGUCAAAAGUGCAUCAUAGCACGGGUGAUAUGAUGUACUUUGAAUGCCAGUAAAGUUUGGUUGCAUUUCAUAAGGAAAACAAUUUUUUAUUUUUUUUAA